GCCUUGCAGUCGUGUUUAGAUUUUCAAUUAAGUCCAACCAUUCCUUGGACUCAAAGCUACACUGAUCUGACUUUACCACAUCAUCGUUCAGGCUGGCUGCAACGAACCAGUUGUUAUCUGGCUGGCAGGUUUGCACAUCCCCGAAACAUACCUGGCAGCUUUAGUGCAAAUGGCAUGUCGGAAAAACGCUUGGCCAUUAGAUCGGUCUCUAACUUAUACAGCAGUUUCAAACUUUCGAGAUGCUGCUGAAGUGGAGGAGAGACCAGAUCAGGGUUGCUAUGUGCAAGGGUUGUAUCUAGAAGGUGCGUGCUGGGACUCAGAAGGGCAUUGCUUAAAACGUUCACAUCCGAAAGUACUAAUCGAAGAACUGCCAGUGCUCACUGUGAUACCAAUAGAGGCUCAUCGAUUGAAAUUACAGAACACGUUGAAAACGCCAGUAUACACGACGUCGAACAGACGCAAUGCUAUGGGUGUUGGUUUGGUCUUUGAAGCAGACCUGGCAACUACAGAGCAUAUUUCACAUUGGGUACUGCAGGGUGUAUGUCUACUGCUGAACUCAGAUUGACAAUCUCGUGAUUAAGUUUUCUUUAGAGGAGUUCGUCUGUACAUAUGCAAAUAUUAAAUCUCAGAGACGGAGAGAAUUUAUUUUUACCUAAAUGCAUGUGGGAAAUGUAUCGCAUGAAUCUUUUACAUGUAAGUAUCCGUUCCAUUUAAGCCGCAAGAAGAAAUGCCGCACAUACUUGCUUAGAAUCAGUAAGUCAUAAUAUUCUUUAUACAGUUUUCGAAUCUGUGUUAUUAACUGAGCACAAAGUUUUAUGCUUUUUUCGUUUUCAAGUACUGCAAACUAAUC